GAUGCUUAGUUAAACGCGGGGCUCGGGAGUCGCUCGCAUCGCAGGACUGGAAACAGAGCCCGUCGGAUUUAUGAGACUCGUUGCUUUAUAGUUGAUCUCACAAAAGGCGUGACAACAUCCACGAGGAUCGAAGAGACUGAUGCACAAACCCACGUCUGCGAAACAAAGCGUUUGUGUGGCGGAGCGCGCCACUGAAAAUGUCAGAUGCAGCUAGCGUUGUGGGAGCUUACGGACGUCUGUAGACCAUUGUUAUUGUUUCAUGCUUAUGUUUUUUUGCGUUAAUAGAAGACGUGUCAGUGAUGCAUGUGCGUUUGAUUUAAUAUUUAAGGAAGAGCAAAUAAGUUGCUCACGGACUAGCAGGUGCACGACAUCGCAGCUCCACGAGUUCACCUAUAGAUCACAAGAGAGAUGUGACCGGUUAUUCUUGCUCACUAGUGUUAUGCUGUGGUAAAACAAUAGCUGGUGAUGAAGAACAUUUAUUUGGGUGCAGUGUUUUAUAUGGCUAUGUGAUACGAUACCGGUUGUGUAUUGUUCAAAUUUGAUGUUGCAUACAAAAUCAAUGCAACCACUAGACGUGCGUAUUUAAAUGCGUAUCGAUCUAAAUUAAAGUUGGUCUCAAGUGUCCUCGCAUUGUGUCAAUGUAGGAUUUGAACAUUUAUUGGUUUAAUAAUGGUCCUGUCAUAAUAGGAGCAUGUCGUGUAAAUGCAGGGUUUGUUGUUCAAGUUCAUCGCCAUGGCUGUGUGAGUUGUCACAGCACAAGAUGCACAUUUGACUUCUAACAGGAGAAAGUCAACAACUUAGGCAUAUGAAGAAAUGGCAUCAUGCUUUAUGGUUUGUUGUUAAGAAAUAGCAGUGUUAGAAGUUAAAGAGUUGACAGGUCACUUUGGCGAAAGCUUUAAAUCCAGAGGAUGAUCCUCCCUGGAGUGGCUGGACUGCUGUCAGAGCGGCUUUCACGAGAUUAACAACCGACUGCUAUUUUCUUUGCCUUGACGCCUACGAUAAAAUUUCAUUUUAAUAUUUUUUAGCAGCGAAACCUUUUUAUUAAAGUGAGAUUUAAACGAAGAACAACAACAUUUUUAUGAGGCAAAAAAAUAAGGCUUAUGUGUAAGAGAGAAAACUGUGCUUGACAUCAUCAACGAAACUUGUUGAGCUCGAGGAAAUAUGACAUCAGGUCUUCAAAGCGCGCCAAACUGAGGAUCAGCUGACAGUUAUUUUCUGUGGCUGCCGCAAAUAUGAGACAUUGAAAGUCUUGUCUUUGAGAAGAGGAUCUUGUCAUUCUGAUGCUGGGAGUAAACGAGCGGCUACUGCUACUGCUCUGAGAAAUGACAUCGUGACGAGCCAUACGUUUGAACUUACGGGCAGCCGAUUCUGCUGCUUCUCGACAUUUUGACGUCGUGACAUCCCGAGUCUUGUUUUAAAAUGCGUCCGCUCUCAGUUUGUUGCUGAUGCAAAUAUGACACUGUCACACCGGGAGCCUCCUAUCAAGUGCGCCAAACCGGCGAGCAGCCGAAACGGAUUCCGCUGCUGAUGCAAAUAUGAUAUUGUGACAUCGGGAGUGUUGUGCCGAAAGCGCGCAAACAGCAGCUGAGAUUCACGUUGCGCUGCCGCCGCUGCUGAUGAUGCUGCGAUUCCCGGUGAAGAAAAUCAGAAAGCAGUUCAAACUUCUGCUGCUGCUGGUGCUGCUUACUUUCGCGGUGUGGUUUACGUACCUGCACAUCAACCAGGGCAAAGCCAUCAAACUCCACUUUAACUACGGGAAAGAUGGCGAGAGGCCGAUGGAGGGAACUGAUACAAGCCAUAAGAGAGACUCGCAAUCCUCGGACAAGUUUCGGAAAAGUGAAGACGCCAGCAACAGCCUGGAAGAGGAAAACGCACAGGAAGAUGAGCCCAACGCUGGCCCCCCUCAUGAUCAAGCCGGAAUCCUCAGGUCCCUCAUGCAGAAGUUCAAGAAGUUACCAUGGAAACCAGAGUUCAAAGGUCAAGCAAACCUGCACGUGUUUGAAGACUGGUGUGGCUCCUCAGUCGCUCAGCUCAGGAAGAACCUGCAUUUUCCUCUCUACCCUCACACAAGAACUACUGUAAAGAAGUUAGCAGUGGCUCCUAAAUGGAAGAACUACGGUCUGAGAAUAUUUGGAUACAUUCUACCUUACAAAGAUGGAGACUUUCAGUUCGCAGUUUCUUCUGAUGAUAACUCAGAGUUUUGGCUGAGUUCAGAUGAGAAUCCUCUUAACUCACGUCUGAUGGCCUAUGUGGGAAAGCUGGGGACUGAGUGGACUGCACCCGGGGAGUUUACGAAAUUCAGAUCCCAGACAUCGAAGUCUAUGCAUCUCAUGGCGUCCAGACGAUAUUACUUUGAGAUUCUCCACAAGCAAGAUGAGAAGGGCUCAGAUCACGUUGAAGUUGGGUGGCGCCCUUUCCUGCCAGGACUCAAAUAUGAGGUCAUCGACUCUGCCUACAUCUCCUUGUACACAGAUGAGAGCAGUUUGAAGAUGAACCACGUGGAUCACAUUCCUCAGACGCUGGCCAGCCACAGUCCCGUCCCGGCCGAGUCUCGCAGCCGCAGCCAACACGGCGCCGAUAUGCUGCAACCAGACCCCCGCGACACGUUCUUCAACAUUCCCAUGAUUGACCCCGCUCGUCUUGAGAACGUGUUGCCCGCCUGUCUGUACUCCCCGACAUACGUGGUCAAAGACUUCCCCAUCGCCCGCUAUCAAGGACUUCAAUUUGUGUAUCUUUCUUUCGUCUAUCCAAAUGACUUCACGCGUCUGACCCACAUGGAGAAAGAGAACAAGUGCUUCUAUAGAGAGUCGCCCAUCUAUCUGGAGAAGUUUGGCUUCUAUAAAUACAUGAAGAUGGAUGAGGAAGAGGAUGACAGGCCUUUCUUCUUCCCCAAUCCUGAUGAUUUUCUUGAAGAAGAAGAGGGGGCGGACCCAGUUGAUGAGGCACAAGUUGUUGGCACCCAGUCGGCUAAGAAGCCUGUCCAUCCCACCCAAUCAAGUCACACCUUAAGUCCCUCCAAAAAAACCGUUCCCACAAUACCAGACCCCCAAAAAAUAGAGCCGGACAGUCUAGCUCUGAGAAGAGAGCAAAGUUACUUUUUCACGAGAGGAAGCCGUGUGGCACAACCAAAAGAGAUGGAUGAAGAUGCUCCUGACCAUCCAGCUGAGAUAGAGUUGCCAAAGGGGGAGAAUGUAGUACGAGGUCGCUCCCUCAACUGGGUUCAAAGAGAACAGCGGGACUUCAAAGAGGGUCGAUCAGAAGACCGUUCACCCAAAAUAAGCCGGUCGGCUUUGCUGUUUCCACAAAAGUCUUCAUUGGUCUCUAUCAAUACCCGAGCCAAGAAAAUCCUCAGUAGUCCCGUUCACACUAUUCAUACCCCAGGUAACCAACGAAGCCACACCAACAAGGAACGUAGGAAAGAGGACACUAAGAUCUACAUUACCAGACCUCGUCCUGCUAAAGAGAAGCAAAGUACUGUUUCACGCCAACCCAGAGAGGUCUUCCCCGGGGUUUUCUUGUACCAGAACGGCAAAACCACAAAACUGGUUAGCCUCAGUGCCAAACCAAAAUUUAGCAAAGGAGCUCUCCGAGCAUCCCAGAUAUUCGCCCGGUCUCCCCUAAACGAGAACAGAGUUUCUCCCACAAAUUCCAACUUCAUCAAGCCAGCAGAAAAUCCAGCUGUCUCGAACAGAGCUGCACCGCUGACCCGCUUUGAUAAAAGGAUCAAAGGUGUUUGGCAAAAACACCAGCGUCCAUCAAGGGUCAUUACAACCCCUCAUUCGUCCAUAACCCCCAGCCCGCCAUUCACUAAUUCCUCCAUGAAUGCUCCUCCCACAGAGCCUCUUCGUGUCACUUCCUACAUGCACACAUCCGAGAUCACCGAGUCCCAACAGCAGCGUCCGGAGACAGAUCCAGAGGAGGACGGAGGGUUGUCGGAGUACAGCUAUGAGGACAUAGAGCCCCGCCCUGGGUGGGCGGAAGAGGACAUAAACUGGCAAAGGACAUUUUCUGUGAACAGCAUGGACUUUGAGAUGCUACGCUCAGACUGGAAUGACCUUCGGUGCAACGUGUCAGGAAACCUACAGCUAGCCGAGAGUGAAGUAGUGGAUGUUCUGGCACAGUACAUGGAGAAACUUAAUGAACGCAAUGGAGGGAUUUACACUCUCCUUCGCAUCAUAAACGUAGAGAAGCGUCGCGAUUCUGCUCGUGGAAACCGUUAUCUGGUUGAACUGGAGCUGAUGGAAAGAGGCCGUAAGGUGGUCCGUCUCUCAGAGUACAUCUAUAUGCUGCUGCACCGCGGUCGGGUGGAAGACAGUCUGGAGAAUGUGGAAGGAGUGACUGCAUCAUCUCCCUUGGCCCCAGUCGCCAGCCCGCCUCCGCCAUCUCGUAUGCCCACCCAAGGGGCUCACGGCACGGCACAGUCAGGCACAGUGUAUGCCAAACCCCUGCUUUGCCAGCCAGUGAUGCUACAGUGGAAAAAGGAAGUCAUGGUACAUUUUGUAGUACCAGUGAAGAAUCAGGCCCGCUGGGUUCAGCAGUUUAUUUCAGACAUGGAGCUGCUCCACCGUGAGACCAAGGACAACAAUUUUAACAUCAUCAUCGUGGACUUUCAGAGUGAAGAUAUGGAUGUUGAACAGGCACUUAGAGAGAGCUCUGUUCCACGAUACGAGUAUCUAAAAAGAGAAGGGAACUUUGAACGUUCUGCGGGGUUACAGAUUGGUGUGGACACCAUAGAGGACAGUCACAGUAUUGUGUUUUUGUGUGACCUACACAUUCACUUUCCUCUGAACAUCCUGGAGAGCAUCAGAAAACACUGUGUUGAGGGGAGACUGGCCUUCGCUCCUAUAGUCAUGAGAUUGAGUUGUGGCAGUUCACCAUAUGAGCCUGAUGGUUACUGGGAGGUAAACGGAUUUGGCCUGUUUGGUAUUUUUAAGUCCGAUUUUGAUAAAAUUGGUGGAAUGAACACAGAGGAGUUUAAAGACCGCUGGGGGGGAGAAGACUGGGAACUGCUGGACAGAGUGCUACAAAACGGUCUCGAGGUCGAGCGAUUACGACUGAGAAACUUUUUUCACUACUAUCACUCUAAAAGAGGCAUGUGGAACUCACAGUCCAGCAAAACACCCAAGGGAUAAAACUGCACUUCAAACAAACUCCGCUCUUUGCCAAGAACGGGACCCUUAGACGAACAUACCGCUGAGUCCUCUACUGUGAGGUCCAUCUCAUAUAAGAAGACAGGACGAGAUCCGGUUGAUUUAUUGUCUGCGAGCUGCCAUUCAGACUGAAGCAGAUUUUGAGAUUUGCGUCACUGGAUUUGUAUGUAUUUCACUGUCUGUUAGGUGAGAUUUCUGGAGAAAUUACUGAAAAUGUAUUUAAAAAUGGAGAAUUGUUUCUGUGAUGGGUGAAAUGUACUGUACACGAGCAGCUCAGGAACUUUGGAUGAAGUUAAUAUGGUUUGCACUUGAAGUGUUAUACGCCGAAAUGAUUGUUUAAAGGUUUAGUUGUGCGCUGGUACUUAAACGUCUGCUGUUAUAUUGCUUUAAAUGUCCCUUGUGGCUCAGACGGGACAACUUCUUACAUCUGAAGCGCGGGAUUGAACUGAUAAACGGCGACUCUCAAAGUCCUGCUGAUCACAGAUGUACAUAUCUGGACCCCAGAACGGCCUGCUGAGCAAAGAAAUUAAAGUUAUCUGUCUUUGUAUUCAUCUGUGUCUGUUUGCUGUCGAGAGCUGCUUCUUGACCUCAUCACGAAUGGAUUUUAAAACAGGUUUAGUCUUUAAUGGCUCCUUUCACAGAGGCCAAGGAAAUCCAAUUCUAAGCCAGACGGCAGCGAGACUCUUUUCAGACGGAUGUUUUUAGUCUGACUUCCAGACUGGACUUAAAGUAAUCAAGACUAUUUGCAGUAUCCAUUUUUAAAGACUUAAACUGUAGGAAAAUGAUGUUGUCCCAAAGCUGUGUGCCUUUCUUUGAUGUUUUUAACAGGGCAGUCCAUCCGGGGGGAGAAGGUAGACACGAUUGUCAAUAAACAACUUUGUGUCAAACAAAUACUGGAAAACAUUUUGAGUAUAAAAAAGUUCGAAAUCGGGCAGCUUGAGCUUUCAUUAUUUGCUCAAUUUCAUUUUUAUUGCAUUUAUUCUUGACUCUCGAGACGAAGUACUUUUGGGAAAACUUGUAGACUAAAACAUAGUUGUACACUGACAUGGGCAGCUCAGGUGUUGUUUUUUUUCUGCUGUAACAUGCAAACAAGAACAUCUUUAAAUGUGUUUACAAACUGACAUGAGAGUUGUCAGCCCAAGUCAUUUUAAAAGAGUUUUGGUUUGAUAUCCAUUCAGACUGCCUAUAUAACAACACAAGGACAGGAAAGGAAGACAUUUAUACAGGGAUCUGCAUCACAAGGUAAUUUCUGUGAAAUUGUUGUGUAGAAAUAUUCAGAAUGUUGCUAUUAUCUGUAUAUCAUUUUCUUUUACCGUUUUGGUUUAUUUUUUUGAAAAGAAUAAAGCUUAAAGCUGAAGCACCUCA